GCUUCCUACAUAAGCCAUUUGAAUUCCACCACUCACCCUCCUCCAUAUCCAUUUCACUAUUUCUCGAUCCUGGCCGAGACACCCCCCACACACGCACAGCUUGUCUCAGGAGCCUUUUUCCAGUUCCUGGGCUUCUAGACAACUCUAAUUGGCUUCGGCCAUGGCUGACUCAAAUGAUUCUAUUCCUUCUCACACAGAGAAGAUCUAUCUCGGUGGAAAGGAACAUCGUAUUCGUACUGGCUGUGGUUCGGUGUCUGUUAUAGUGUAUGGGGAUCAAGAUAAGCCAGCACUUAUCACUUAUCCAGAUUUAGCACUCAAUUACAUGUCGUGUUUCCAAGGAUUAUUUUUCUGUCCUGAGGCAGCAUCUUUGCUGCUUCACAACUUCUGCAUAUAUCACAUCAGUCCUCCUGGGCAUGAGUUGGGAGCUGCUGCGCUUGGUCCUGAUGAUCCUGUGCUCUCUGUUGAAGAUUUAGCAGAUCAAAUAAUUGAAAUUCUCAAUUAUUUCGGGCUGGGUGCUGUGAUGUGUAUGGGGGUAACAGCUGGUGCUUAUAUCCUUACCCUGUUCGCUAUGAAAUAUAGGGAUCGUGUUCUUGGCUUAAUACUUGUAUCUCCUUUAUGCAAAUCACCUUCUUGGACUGAAUGGUUAUAUAACAAGGUGAUGUCAAAUCUGCUAUAUUUUUAUGGCAUGUGUGGUUUGCUGAAAGAGUGCUUGCUUAAACGAUACUUCAGCGAGGAAGUCCGUGGUAAUAUAGAAGUUCCAGAAUCAGAGAUAGUUCAAGCUUGCAGAAAAUUGCUUGAUGAGAGGAAGAGCACAAAUGUCUUGCGGUUUCUUCAAGCAAUUAAUCGGAGACCGGACCUUACAGAAGGAUUGAAGAGACUACAUUGUCGUACACUUAUAUUUGUUGGGGAAAAUUCUCCCUUUCAUUCCGAGUCUCUCCACAUGACAGCAAAACUCGAUAGGAGAUUUAGUGCCUUGGUUGAGGUCCAGGCUUGUGGAUCAAUGGUGACAGAGGAACAACCUCAUGCAAUGCUGAUUCCAAUGGAGUACUUCUUUGUGGGCUACGGGCUUUGUAGGCCGAGUCAGCUCAGCGAGAGCCCAAGGAGCCCGCUCAGCCCAUCUUGCAUCUCUCCAGAGCUCCUUUCUCCGGAAAGCAUGGGGUUGAAGCUAAAGCCUAUAAAGACUCGUGUUUCACUCGAUGUUUGAUUCUACCAGGGAGACUUUUGUGACUUGAAGCUGACUGGUUGUGCUUCUUAAUUUUUAUGUUAUUUUUUUGUUAGUAAUUGUUGAAGAUGAGGAUAGACGAUGGAAGAUGGAGAAGGAUUUGUAGAUAAGAAGGGGAAUUAAGAAGCCAGGACACACAGAAAACACAAAGAGACACACACACUCUCACACAGUAGAUUAGAUGUUUGCAUUAUUCAUUCAUUUGGAGCUAGCCAGUCGGUCUCAGUUUAAAUAUCUCAGUCAUACUGAUAGAGGAAAAAAGUGAGGUGUUGGAGAAGCUGUAUCUGUAAAUUGAUGUUGGAUUGUUUUAUUGAUUUUUUUGUGACAAUAGAGGUCAAUAAUGAAGGACUCCCAAUUUAUUAUGAUGGUA